CAGACUGACUUCUGCCGGUUUAGUAGAACAUAGCAUCAGUUCCUGUUACAUCACAAACAGACUACUUUAACUGCUUGAAAUUUGAGCUGAAGUAAAUAAAGAGGAGGGCUGCAAGAAAGAGCAAAAGAAACACUCUGAAGGAGGAGUGUCAGUGUGCUAGAACAGUAAUUAUAAUGUUUUGUGCUCAACUUUGCAAUCGUGUCUUUGCAUGUAAACGACUCUGACUGGAAAAUUGCAGUGCCUGCAUUGCUUUGACGGCAAACUACUGGAUUGUCCUGAUGCCACUUCCCCCCAAGAUCAAAGGUUGCUUAAGUUUAGUGAGUGACGAGCAGGGCUAUUUGAAAGAAGGUGCACAUCAGUACUUUGCUCCUGAGCAAGAUAGGCUGCUGAUAGUCAGCUGGAUAUUUAAAAAAAUGAUGGAGCACAUCUUUAUCCCGCCACUGUCCCGUGUAGCAAUUUGUGGUGGCACCCAUGGAAAUGAAUUGUCAGGGGUGUACAUGGUGAGAGAACUGCAGAAACAGAAGAUACAUCAGACUGAAUCUGUUUCUAUUACUACCGUCUUAUCAAAUCCAAGGGCUGUGGAUGCUUGCAGAAGAUACAUGGAAACAGAUCUCAAUCGCUGUUUUACAGAUGCCCUGCUGAGUGCCCCCAUAACAGACUCUACACCCUAUGAGCUGAGGCGAGCCAAAGAGCUGAACGCUCAGCUUGGGCCCAAAGGAACCCCGGAGGCUGUGGAUCUGCUCUGUGACCUCCACAACACCACUGCCAACAUGGGCAUGUGCCUCCUCUUUGACUCCUUUGACUGGAUCUCCAUGCACAUUUACAACUACAUACAGAGCAAGAUGACCUCUACACCUGUGAGAGCAAUCCAGAUGGAUAUUCCCAUUUCAGAGACUUAUUCCCUGGAGUCAGUGGGAAAACAUGGCAUCGCUAUAGAGGUUGGUCCUCAACCCCACGGCGUGACCAGAGCUGAUAUCUUUAACAUGAUGAAGGAGGCAGUGGAUCUCACAAUAGAAUGGCUUCAGAAAUUGAAUUCUGGAAGUACUUUUGAAGGAGGUGAAGUGGAAGCAUACACUUUGGUGAAGAGUGUAGACUACCCAAGGGAUCGUACAACCAAUGACAUUACUGCUGCCAUUCACCCCCAACUGCAGGAUAAUGACUUCAAGCUUCUCAAACCAGGAGACCCCAUCUUCCUGUCAUUUUCUGGGGAGACGGUGAAGCAUAAGGGGGAGGAACUCUAUCCUUUAUUUGUAAAUGAAUGUGCCUACUAUGAGAAGAAGAUUGCUUUUCAUUUAGCUAAGAAAGUCACCUUGACCUUCCCGUCUGUAAGUGUGAAGAAAGAGGGCUGAGAGUACAGCAGAGACAGAAUGAGACCAAGAUGUAGACUUAAAAUUGUAAUCACACAAGAAAAUGAAUGUUUACACUACAUAUGUGCUGUAUAUAAUUAUAUUUUUAAUAAUCGAAAUGCACAAACAAAUUUAAUGAUGAUUUAAUAUUCUACAGGUGCUACACACUAUUGAUUACCUCUUUAUCCUGUUUAGCAAUCCACUACAGCAACUCUGCCACAGUGCUACCUCCAUGAAGCCUAAACAAGAGACUCAUGUGUAAUACCAGAGUUGUUAUUGUACUUGAUUUAAUGAUAUUGCACAGGUACUGAAAUUAUAAUCUUCCAUUCCCUGUAAAUGAAUUAGACUACUUGGACACUGAUCUUGUUUGUACUGUGACAAUGAUGCAAAAACCAUGUUUGACUACAUGGAAACUUGGAUCACUUUGAACUAUUCUAUAGUGACUUUUGAAUUCUAUCAUGAUGAAGUUUAGGAGCUUUAACAUUUAUGAUGUUCACCAACAUAGUUUAGCAUGAUAACAUUUGCUAAUUAUCACUAAACACAAGGAACAGCUGAUGCUGAUGGACAUUAGUUUUGUUAGCAUUUGGUCAUAAACUAAAUUAUUGCAUUGCUAUGCCCAGAUCCAUGUCGCUAAUGUGGCUGAAAAUUAGGGCUGUAUAAUAUGUGUUGUUAUUUUAAUCGCUAUUGCGAUUUCAACUUGCAAAUUACACCCUUGCAACAAUCACGAAAGGCUGCAACAUAUUGCAAAAGACACUUUUUCUAACUUUUAGUUAGUUGAGAGAGUAUCAGUAGAAAACUCCACCAAAGUGUAACUAUCAACAUAUUCUUUUUUUCAAAUGGUGCCUUUUAUUUCCAAUUCAGUGUUCAAUUUGUUUAAUAACAUUGUUAAUU